CGGAGGCCGCAACGCGCGGCGGCACUGGCCAAGCCGACGUGCGGCCGCCCUGCUCCCUCUCCAAACCCACUUCCCCCGCAUCUCCCCUCCAUCUCCCCCUCCUCCCACUCCCUUCAAAGAGAGAAGAAAGCUGGGAGAGAUCCACCCUAGCUGCAGACCGACAAAGCGACCGCGACUCAAACCCGCAAGAAACCAGCUACCGGACAGAAGAAGACUGGCAUGGCAAGGCUCGGCGUGGCCUUGCUCGCGCUCCUGGCGGCCGCGGCGGCGGUCGCCUGCCUGCCGUCCCCGGCCUCCGCGGGCGAGCUGGCCUCCAUGCUGCUGUCGCGCGCGGCGGCCUGCGACGGGAUCAUCGGGGAGUGCGGCGUGGACGAGGACGAGGAGAUGGCGCCGGGCGCCGGCGAGGCCCUGCGCCGGUCGCUGGCGCGGAAGUCGACGGCCAGGUACAUCAGCUACGCGGCGCUGCGCGCCGACCAGAUCCCCUGCGACAAGCGCGGGGCGUCCUACUACAUCAACUGCGGGUCCAUGCAGCAGGCCAACCCCUACACGCGCGGCUGCUCCGCCAUCACGCACUGCGCGCGCAACAUGAACUGAUCCCUCGUCCGUAGGCCUGGUGGAUCUUGCGCGCGUACGGCAGUGAUCGAUGCGUACGCACGGAGCGGCGAGGAGGUGUGUGGCCGUGCGAGCACCUAAUUACCAAUUGUAUUUGUAGAACGCCCGUGCAUUGCUACAGACUAAUGAUUAUAAAUAAAUGAA